GUCAUAUAAAGCUGUCGAUAGGUGCCACACUGAUAGGUUACAGAUACGCGCCACGUAUUAGUGAGCUAUUAGCUGAUAUAUAUCAGACAGUUUCUGCUAGAUUUAUAUUACCUAUCAUAGGCCUAUCGGCUAGCUGA